CUCCCAACAGAGGAGGAAUGAACUGGUCGUUCUCAAACAAAGUCUCUGCUGCUUCUUCUCAGUUUCUAUCUUUCAGGCCAUCUCAAGAAGAUAGACAUAGAAAGUCUGGAAAUUACCAUCUGCCGCACUCUGGUUCCUUCAUGCCAUCAUCGGUAGCAGAUGUAUAUGAUUCAAACCGCAAAGCUCCUUACAGUUCUGUACAGGGAGUAAGAAUGUUCCCUAAUUCCAACCAACAGGAAGAAACUAACGCAGUUUCCAUGUCCAUGCCGGGUUUCCAGUCUCAUCAUUACGCGGCAGGAGGAAGAGGCUUCAUCAGCAAUAGCAAUAACUCACAACCUUUGGUAGGAGUUCCUAUCAUGGCACCUCCUAUUUCAAUCCUUCCUCCUCCCGGCACCAUUGUAGGGACAACUGAUAUUAGAUCUUCUUCCAAGCCACUAGGGGCACCUGCGCAGUUGACGAUCUUUUAUGCCGGUUCAGUUUGUGUUUACGAUGACAUAUCUCCUGAAAAGGCAAAGGCGAUAAUGUUGCUAGCUGGGAAUGGUUCUCCUAUGCCUCAAGCCUUUUCACCACCUCAAACUCAUCAUCAACAUGGGGUCCAUCAUACUCGUGCCUCUGUUGAUUCUUCAGCUAUGCCUCCUAGCUUCAUGCCUACAAUAUCUUAUCUUAGUCCUGAAGCUGGAAGUAGCACAAAUGGACUUGGAGCAGCAAAACUAACAAGAGGCUUGACAUCAACAUGUCACGACAACCAAACUAAUGCAUCCAAUAUCAAUUGCUCAGUAGCUGUUUCAGGUUCUACCAGUGUAAUGGCUCCAACAGUGGCUUUACCCCUGGCUCGCAAAGCAUCUCUGGCUAGGUUUUUAGAAAAACGCAAAGAAAGGGUCACGAGCGUAUCGCCAUAUUGCGUAGACAAGAAGUCAUCGACAGAUUGUCGCAGAUCAAUGUCCGAAUGCAUUAGUUCUUCUCUGAGCUCUGCAACCUAACGUCAUCUACAGCAAGAUGAAGGUUGCUUUUAGACCACUCCACACCCAUAUUUGCAUUUCAAUGGCGGCCUUUCAGUUUCUCAGUUAUUUUUUUUUCUCCUCUGGCUACACUGAGUUUCUUCGUAGCUUAUAUAUAUACGAUAGUGUAUACUUUGUUUACCAGAUUUUGGUCUAGUGGAACGCUUAUGAGGGCAAAACAGACACGUACUUGGGAAAAUUAGUAGAAACUGUUUGUUUGUUUCUUUACUCUUUUCUUUUGUAUAUAUCACUCAAGGCUCUCAAGCUCGCGUAUGUAUAAUUCAUUUAAUGGAACUGGUUCGCUUCUGUUUCCCGUA